AUAUCCAAAAAAUUACUCGUAUAUAUCAAACCCCAAUAUAUACUUAUUUUUUAUUUUGAUUACAAAAUGCAAAAAGCAAAGCAAAUCGACGACAAGCCUGAAACGGUGACGUUUCGAGCAGUAAGCGCAAAUGAAGAAGGAAGAAAAGUAGUAGAAAAAACCGAAGUACAAACUCACAACCCUGACACACUCAAACACAUAGAAAAAAAGCUCAUAGACAAAGGCUUGCACCGGUUGGACCGUCACCCGAGAGACGGGAUACCGCUCGAGAAACAGUCGAAAGGCGGUCGGGGUGGCAAGUACACGUGGGAUGGACCGGGUGGAAUGAUUGAUGAUGAGUUGGACCCGGGUCCGGAAGUAAUGGAUGAGAAGGACCCGAAUUAUGUGAGUGAAGAGGAGGAAGAGCGGGUCGCUAGAGAGAACGAGGGGGCGGUAGUUGGUCAAGUUGAUGUGGCGAAAGUGGCUCAACAAGGUGUUGCGAGGAUUGAUGUUGAUCCUCACUUAAAAGUUGCUUAGUUAAUUAAUUAAUACUUGGUCACGUUUUCUAAUUAGUGUGUUGUUGUAACUUCUUAGAUGGAUGAUGAUCAUGACGUUUGUAAUUUGUUAUGGUAAUAAUAUUAUAUACAUAAAAGAGGCUUCAUUUUGAUUAA